UUAUUAGUAAUAGUUAUGAAAUUGUUAUACUACUAUGCGAGCGUCGAUCUGAGAAACUGUGAUAGUUUGUUAUGUAAAUUUUGCAGAAAAUUUAUUAGAAUGUCGAGCGCCCCGAUGGCGAAGAUGGAUCAGCUGGACAAGGUUGAGAAGGAGAUUGUCUCCUGUCUUCUCACGGCAGGACAGGCGCUAGCUGAGAUAUCUAAGGAUAAGCCAAGUCAGAAGCAGGUUGAUGUUUUAGUAACACAGUUCAUGAACAGUCUGGCGACUAUAGAUUCAAGUCUAGCAGAUCAUAUCAGAUACCUCAGUCAGGUAAGUACCGGUCAACCCCAUGAAGGGAGCAGCUACGCUAGUCAGAAGGUUCUCCAGAUGGCCUGGCAUCGAUUAGCACACGCCAGAACACGAGUAAGUGAACUGGAGAGAUUAAAAGGACAGCAUGGAUCCCGUCUUAUCAGUCCAGCACAGAGACAAGCUCUUAUCCAACAACAGCAGAACCAACAGGAACCACAACAACAACCUCCAACCACACAAACAACUCAAUCUUGAAGUUGUGGAGGAUCUCAUAAGAAAAUUAUGUAAAUAGUUAGAAUAUGAAAGAACUGUUGUAUCAGAGUAAAACCGCAAUACAUCAUACGAUCUAUGAUACAUCGUGUUAUAAAGAUAAGAAGAAAUACUUCCUCAGUUCUUAUUUAUUGCGCAUGAAACCAGGUUCGCCCUAAAAAUGUUUUUUUUUCUUUACGAAAACAUAUUUAUAGA